GGAAAGCGGUGGGUGAAGAGGCUUCUUUAUUUGCCGCAGAGCUGGCGGAGAUGUACAGGGAAUAUUCUACUGGCGUAAGAAAUUGGCGUAUUGAGGAGGCUGAGAAUGGAGCAGGAGGAGGAGGAGCAGCUGGUGGUGGUGGUGGUGAUGCCUCUGCGUUGAGCGCUCCGGCACUGGCCAGUACCGGGGUAAAAUUUAAGGCUAUAGGUGAUAGUGUGUACCGCAAUCUUCGCCAUGAAAUUGGGGUUCAUAAGGUGCAGCGGGUUCCUCUUACCGACCAAGAUGGAAAGAUGCAAACUUCUACGGCUGUUGUGACACUUAUGCCCGUACUUGAUCCUGUGUCUGUGAAUGUUCACGAGAAUGACUGCAAAAUUGAGUUUGUGAGAGGUUCUGGUCCUGGUGGCCAGGGUAUGCAGAGUAGUUCCAACGCAGUAUGUCUCACACAUAUACCCUCUGGUAUUUCUGUGAAGUGUCAUCAGUCACGGUCUGCGCUUGGAAACAAAGAAACUGCUUUACAAUUAGUUGCCCAACAAUUGUUAGCACAACGUGUCAAGGAUCAAAACUCUUCCUUUCACGAAGCCUGGAGAAAUCAAUGGAGUAGUGGCGAAAGAUCCGAUAAGAUGCGUACAUACAACUUUCCCCAGAAUCGAGUGACUGAUCACCGACUUGGCAAGGAUUUUCCCUUGAAUACAUUUAUGGAAGGUGGUAAUGGACUAAAGGGCCUGCAUGAUGAUUUGAAUGCGUCAGAAGACAGAAAACAGUUGGUGACGGUGUUGUUGCGACACAUAGAGGGUGAAUUUGGUAGUGCGGUAUAA